AUGAAGCCAAUGAAUUCUAGUACAGCAGCUGGAAUAUCGCUUAUCGGUUCAGUUGCUGUGAAUAUCUUGAUGGUGUUGAGACGGAAUCUCUCCAGUACUACUAAUAUUUUGGCCCACACUCUCUAUGGUAUUAAGCAUGCAGUGACUGCAGCAUUGCACAUUGUAAUGGGACAUAUUCAACCAGUAGAUGUCUGUACUUUCAGUACUCCAAGCAAGCUUUUGCGGUUUGGGUUCUCAGCUAUGUUUGGUUUUGGUGCAAGGACUCUAGCUUUGGCUGAAAAGUACCGUUGGAUGCCCUCCAACCAGCGGAAGGAUUUUGCUUUUAUCAAAACACUGGCAGAUCUCAAGCCAGAGGAAUGUGAAUUAUCAUUUCUACCUCUACAAAUUCCACAGGAAGACUCUCAUGAGAAUGACGGAAAGAAGAAAGAGAACAUUAAAAAAAAGGGUAGCAAGGAUCAAUGGCACAAAAUUCAGGGUCACUUCCUGAAUGUGAGCAUUAUGGCAAUCCCUUGUCUGUGUUCAAUGGCACCAAGAGGCUUGGCACCUAAUACGAGGUUGAAUAAUGGAAGCAUGGCUCUUAUUGUUGUACAAGAUACUUCUCGAACAGAGUUUAUAAAACAUCUGAAAAGAUAUGCCAGCAUAAAAAAUCAGUUCAAUUUUCCCUUUGUUGAGACCUACACAGUUCAAGAAGUAAAAGUACAACCAACACUUAAAAGUGGGCUUGAUGCCAAAGAAAAUACGUAUUUGAAUGCUGCUGCUGCAGAAGGAAAUUACCCUUGGAAUAUAGACGGAGACUUAAUGGAAGAAGCAUCAGAAGUUCAUGUUCGGGUGCAUCCUCAACUUAUUAAUCUCUAUGGCGUGAACACUGAGGACCUGGAGGCUUCCCAAGCAACCUGCAAUUGCAUAUAGAAGGGACACACUGCAAGUUCUGCAGCAAAGAACCCUUUUCUCACCUCUACACACAGCUUUCCAAGGUCCCUGUCUGUCACUCACUGAAUUCAGUUGUUGUAACAGAAGCUUAACUGGGGUGUUUGUAAUA